AUGCCCUCCCCGCGGCGGUCAGGCCGCACCACCAGCACACCCGCCGAUCGCAACUCGAGAUGGCACAACAAAUUGUCACCCCGCCAGAAGUCGCCCUCUCCCACAAACCUCUCCGACGAUACCAUGCAUCCACGCUCUGGUACUCUCAACUCUCCCGAAGAGUCUCGUCAAACCCGCAGAGCCACCAGAGCUCAACACACACACCCCGACGACGUCGAUCAACAGAGCCAGAACAAUGAAGCAGAUGCCGACGGCGACGGCGAUGCUGAUGGCGACGAUGAGAUCACACGCUGCGUCUGUGGUAUGCAAGACUACCCAGGUCCACCUUUGACCGACGACUUCCCUACCAUAACCGACCCUUCGCAAGCCGAAGACGCUGGCGGCCUGUUCAUCCAGUGCGACAAAUGUCACGUCUGGCAACACGGCGGCUGUGUUGGUAUCAUGGACGAGACAAAGAGUCCCGACAAUUACUUUUGCGAGCUCUGCGACAAGAAACUACACAAUGUCUUGACCGACCCCAAAGGACAACACUACUCGCGCUAUCUACCCGUUAUGAAGCCUGAACCCAAGAGUGCCCGAAAACUCUCCCUCACAAAAGAAACAGAGUCUGCAAAAGCUCGUAGAGAGCAGCGAGAAAGUCAAAACAGAGCCAGUGUCGAGUCGUCAACAGGCAAGAGAAGGUCUACAAUGAAUAGCCGCCAGGCCUACGACGACGAAGAGACAUUACGCCGAAUCAUCGAGGAGACAAAGGAUGUCGGCGAGUCGACCCCAGCAGUGCGCAAGGGAAAGCGCGGACGAGACGAUAGCGAAGACUUCAGACACGAGAUCAAGCGCCAACGGACGGGAUCGGAAUCACCCAAUCCUCCAUCGACGCUCAACACAGGCUCGUUGGACGCAGACUCCGACGACGACGGCACAGGUACCAAGUCGGGUAAGAAGGCACGAAAUGCAGCCUCGGAAGUCUUGAGACAAAGAGAAGCCAGAGAGCGUGAACGGAUGCGUGAUGAGAAACGCAAAGAAGCUGCAGGAAGACGGAGUGAGAGAGCCGGACGAAGGAGAGCAGACGAGUCAGAUCCGCUUGACGACACACCGAGACCCAUGGGCAUACCAAAUCUGUCCGCAUCACAACCUCCCAGUCCACCCGCUUCAGCACCACUGCUAGCUCCAGGAAGCUCACACAAGAAGGGCACCGCGAAAAAGCAGAAACGUCUCGGCCGCAACCAAUACUCAGCUGCUAAAGCCAUUUCAAAUCCAACCGACUCCACCUCCGUCAACCCAAACGCCAGCAGCGGCGACGACCCAACGACAAACAGCACAUCCGACUCCAAAAACAGCCCCAGCAGCAACAACGAGACCCCGACCAUCACCACAACCGCCUCUCUUCCCAAAUCAAAACCCGGCAAAUGGGGCGGCGGCCGCGCCAAAAACCCACGACAAGCCGCCAUCCAAGAAGCCGAGAUUGUCAUCAAGGACAACCGCGAGAACAAGAGUCAAAUGACCAUCACCGACAUGAAGAAACGCACGGGCAUGAUGAUGGACUAUAUUGCGAAAGCACAGGUUGAUAUGGCUGGAGAUCGCACACCACUCAAUGCUCAGUUGCAGGAGGCUGCGGCUCAAAAGUCUGCGGACGACUUUAAGGAGCUCAGCAGUAGGGAGAUGAUGGACGUCCUGACGAAGCACAUCAUGACUUGGCAAAAGGAGUAUGGAGGCGAGCUUCCUCCUGCUGCUGCUGCUUCGCUGGUUGCAUGA